AUGUCUUUUGUCACCGGAGAUCGGACAUGCCGUUGUGGUGGGAGGACGGUGAUUCGCACAACGUGGAAGGACGCCAACCCUGGGCGGCGAUUCCAGUCAUGCUUGAAUUACGAGAAUGGAAGCUGUGAUUUCUUUGACUGGUACGAUCCUCCAAUGUGCCGUAGGUCUAAAAUGAUAAUUCCUGGCCUCUUGAGGAAGAUGAAUGAAAGAGAAGCUGAGAUUGAGAUGUUGAAAUUAAAAAAUGAACAUUUGGUGAAGUUGGAUAAAAAGAUGAAGAAGAUGAAUGAAAGAGAAGCUGAGAUUGAGAAGCUGAAAUUAAAAAAUGAACAUUUGGUGAAGUUGGUUAAAAAGUUGAAGAAGAUUGUCUGCAUUUUGGUUCUUUUACUGGUGUUUAUCAUAUUAUCCAAGUUCAAAGUUGCUAAGGAGAACCCAAGUGGAAUGAACCAUGUGAAGAUGCUUCAGUGA